AUGAUUGGUUCACGUUUAUCCAGAACUAUUAAUAGAAGAACUCUCUACAUUAUUGGUGGGGUGGCAGCAGCUACUUCUGCCUCUUUAGCUCUUUCAAAUACUGAAAAUGGUCCAAACUUUUAUUCGUCAUUAUUUACAAACCAAAAAUUAAGUUCAAAAAAUCAAUUUGUUUUGAACAGUGGUAACAACAAUGGUUAUGAAAAUGGCAAAACUUCUCCUAAUGCAUCCCUUUUAACUGCUGCCCUUGCUUUAAAAUUGGCUCAACCAGUCAAUGGGAAGACCUUAAAGGAUUACCAAGAAAUUUAUAACGCCAUUGCUGAAAAAAUUAGAGAAGAUGAUGAAUACGAUAAUUACAUUGGCUACGGCCCUGUCUUGGUUCGUUUAGCUUGGCAUUCUUCUGGUACCUAUGACAAGAGUGAUAACACUGGUGGUUCUUAUGGUGGUACUUAUCGUUUCAAAAAGGAAAACACUGAUCCUUCUAACAAUGGGUUGAACAACGCUGCAAAGUUUUUGGAACCGAUCCAUAAGCAAUUCCCUUGGAUCUCCCACGGGGAUCUAUAUACUUUAGGUGGUGUUACUGCUAUGCAAGAAAUGCAAGGCCCAGUUAUUCCAUGGAGACCAGGUAGAACUGAUACUGCCGAAUCAACCACUCCAGACAAUGGUAGAUUACCAGAUGCUGCCACCGAUAAUAAUUACGUUAGAAGUUUCUUUGAAAGAUUGAGUUUCACUUCUGAUAGAGAAGUUGUUGCUUUAAUGGGGUGUCAUUCCAUUGGUAGAACUCAUUUGAAAAAUUCAGGUUUUGAUGGUCCAUGGGGGGGUGCUGUAAAUAUCUUCUCUAAUGAAUUCUUUGUUAAUUUAUUACAUGAAAAUUGGGCUUAUGAAAAAAAUGCAGCUGGUAAUAUGCAAUACAACUCUCCAAAGGGCUUCAUGAUGUUACCUGCUGAUAUGAGUUUAACCAAGGAUUCCAAAUAUUUACCAAUUGUCAAGGAAUUUGCUGAAAAUCAAGAUGCAUUCUUCGCUGAGUUUUCCAAAGUAUUUGUUAAAUUAUUAGAAGCUGGUAUUACUUUCCCAGAAUCUCAAAAGCCUUUCAUCUUUAAGACUUUAGAUGAACAAGAUUUAUAG